CUGCCUCUCUUUUUUUCGUUUACAUGACUCAGUGAGACGCCAUAGAUAUACAUAGAGAGGGAAAUCGAUACAUACGGAGAGGGCGAAAACCUAAUUGGAGUCAAUCGGAGACCUGGAGGCUCGUAGAAAUCGAAUCAGAGGAUUAAUCGAUGGUUUCUAGGGUUUCAUUUUUUGUAUCUUCGUCAAUCUGAUCAAAUCGAGCAGGUUUUCAGGUAAGUGACUGUGUUUCUUUAUAUUGAGCUCUCGCAGACUGAAUUUGGAAUUACGGUUAUGUAUAACAUUGUAUGAAUCGUUUUGAAUCGCGACAAGGAUAUAUAUAAGUGUGGAGAUAUAGGUAGGUAUACAGGGACUAUAAUAUAUAUAGUGCCGGUGUUGUCAUGCGAUUUUCUCGGACUGCUAUUCGGUCUAAUCAGAAGAGGAACGAGAAAGUGAUUAGGGCUAAACGGAAACACAAGAGACUUGAUUUGAUAUGUGAAAAGACGUUUAAUCAGAACCGUGAUAAGAUAGAAUCUUCUAAACUGAAUGAGGUCAAUGAUGAUACAUCGGAGGUCAGGCGGAGUUCCAGGGUGAGACGACCUCCAUCGGUGUUGGAUGCGUCGCCUUGUCCUCCUAAAAAGCGGAAGAGAACUGAUGGUUCUUCUAGAAUAGUUGGAGACAGGGACCGUUUUGGUUUGAAAACUGAGACGUUGCCUUCUUCAACUACAUUUGGUUUGGAGGAGGAAGAAUCAGGUGAAUGGAAGUCUAGGUUGAGAGCCAGGGGUAGGAAGGUAACUUUUAUGAACGGUGAUUCUUCUCCCAGGAGUAAGAAGAAGCUCUUUCGUCAUUCAGAUGGUGUUAAGGAAGAUUCAGAUCUGGUGGAUUCACGUUUAGAUGACAAGAAAGGGGGUUUGGUGGGUGAGACCUCGAUGAUUGUGCAGCCAAAGCGACCUGGUAGAAUCAAAGCUUCAAAUGUUGUGAGCAAUGGGCAUGAAGGGAUUAGUUUGGGAAACAGUGCUAAAGACGAUGAAGAAACAAGUAUUCUCAUUGCAGUAAAAGACAAUAAUAACGCCUGUUCAACAGAUAAUGGUACUGCUAUUGAAUUACUGGAGCAGGAGAAUGAAGUCCCAGUUACCUCUGAUUCUAAAGAUAAUGGCAACAACAUAAUGCAAUCUCCUGAACAGAGUAAGCCAAUAGAGCAACCAGAAUCCGAGGAGAAAGAAAACCAAAGUUUACAUCAAGAAGUUACCUGUGCCCCUGACAAUCAUGUUGAAGAUGAUGCCAUCAAUGUCAAUCAUUUACAAGAGGAUGACUCCAAGGUAGUUGAUGAAGACAAACAUUCUCAUUCUCCAGCUCACAGACACCACAAACCUCGGAUCAAAAAGGGGAGGUGUUGUGGUAUGUGUGGAGGUGGAACCGAUGGUAAACCUCCAAAGAUCUUGGUUCAUGAUGGGGCUGGAAGUGAUAAUGAAGAAUACAGUGGUUCCUCAUCAUCUGAGGAACCUACCUAUGAUGUAUGGGAUGGAUUUGGUGAUGAGCCUGGUUGGCUUGGACGUCUCUUGGGUCCCAUAAAUGACCGUUUUGGUAUUGCUGGUAUAUGGGUUCAUCAACAAUGUGCUGUUUGGAGUCCAGAGGUUUAUUUUGCUGGUUUGGGAUGCUUGAAAAAUGUAAGAUCAGCUCUUUGUAGAGGAAGGGUAUUGAAAUGCAGCCGAUGUGGGAGAAGAGGAGCCACAAUUGGGUGUCGUGUGGACAGAUGUCCAAAAACUUAUCACCUGCCUUGUGCCCGUGUCAAUGGCUGCAUCUUUGACCACCGAAAAUUCCUCAUAGCCUGCACAGACCACCGCCACCUGUUCCAACCUCAUGGUACCAAAUACCUCGAAAACCUUAAAAAAAUCAAAACCAAAAAACUAAAAUCACAAAUGCGAAAGCUCUCAAACGACGCAUCACGCAAAGACAACGAAGCAGAAGAAAAAUGGCUAGAAAAUUGUGGAGAAGAUGAAGAGUUUCUAAAACGCGAAAGCAAAAGACUCCAACGUGACUUAUCAAGAAUCGCACCCGUUUACAUCGGUGGACCCACACCCACACCAACACCAACAACUUCGGAAAACCCAAUUCCAUUCCAAGGUUGGGAAUCCGUUGGUGGACUCCAAAACGUAAUCCAAUCUUUAAAAGAAGUUGUCAUAUUACCAUUACUAUACCCUGAAUUCUUCAACAAUAUCGGAUUAACCCCUCCGAGAGGUGUUCUCUUACACGGGUACCCGGGAACUGGUAAAACUUUAGUUGUCCGUUCAUUAAUCGGGUCAUGUGCACGUGGGGAUAAACGGAUCGCGUAUUUUGCUCGAAAAGGAGCGGAUUGUUUAGGGAAAUAUGUCGGUGAUGCUGAACGCCAGCUCAGAUUAUUAUUCCAGGUGGCGGAGAAAUCUCAACCGUCGAUUAUUUUCUUCGAUGAGAUCGACGGUUUAGCUCCUUCACGCACUCGCCAACAAGAUCAAACACACAAUUCAGUUGUUUCAACUCUACUUGCUUUACUCGAUGGGUUAAAAUCCCGUGGAUCGGUUGUUGUAAUCGGGGCAACAAAUCGACCCGAUGCGAUCGAUCCCGCUUUGAGGCGUCCCGGAAGAUUCGAUCGGGAAAUUUAUUUCCCACUUCCGGGUGUGAAAGAUCGGGAGGAAAUUCUCUCUCUUCAUACACAAAAAUGGCCUAGUGUAAUGGAUAAAAGUUUGUUGAAAUUGAUUGCUAAAAAAACAGUGGGAUUUGCCGGAGCAGAUCUUCAAGCUUUGUGUACUCAAACUGCUAUUAUUGCUUUGAAAAGGAGGUGUCCAUGGGAUAAACUUUUGUCAUGUGCUGAAGAGAAAGGGCGUUUUGGGAAACGACCUGUUUUGCCUUCGUUUACGGUUCACGAGCGGGAUUGGUUGGAGGCGUUGUCGUGUGCGCCGCCUCCGUGUUCUCGUAGGGAAGCGGGAAUGGCGGCGAAUGAUAUCGUGACAUCUGUCCUUCCUGUUUAUCUUUUACCGUGUUUGUUGCGAUCGGUUUUGAGGUUGGUUUUAUUGUUGUAUUUGGAUGAGCGUGUUUGUUUACCGGGGUCGAUUUUGAAAUGUGGUGAAUUGAUUAAGGAAGUGGUUGUUUCUGUGUUGGAGAGGAGGAGAGAGGAGAGUGAUUGUUGGUGGGGGAAAGUUGAGGAUUUGAUGAAGGAUGCUGAUGUGGCAAGUGAGGUGGAAUUGAGUCUUGUACGUGCGGGUGUUUUGGUUGGAAAUGGUGGGUGUGAUGAUGAGGGGAAAGUGAAUAAUGGAUUUAUGAUGAAUGAUUUAUACAAAAGAAAAUCGGGGUAUUGUGUGUUGAUAUCUGGAAAUCCUGGAAGUGGACAAAGGCAUCUUGCUUCUUGUGUUCUUCAGUGUUUUGUUGGAAAUGCUGUGCUUCAGAAGGUUGAUUUGGCUACCAUGUUGCACGAAGGAAAUGGGGACAUGCUUCAGGGGCUUUCCCAAAUUUUAGUGAGAUGUGCUGGUGUUGGUUCAUGCAUGAUAUUCAUGCCAAGAAUCGAUUUGUGGGCAUUGGAAACAUACAAUCAAGUUGAUGAAGAAGAAAAGGAAAAACCUGAAAAGACCGAAAUACCCUCAGUCUUAAAGUCCUCUCACCUUUGGAGCUCUUUUGUUGAGCAGGCGGAGUCCAUAUUCAUCUCCUCAUCUUUGAUGAUCCUGGCUACAUCAGAAGUCCCGUUUGAAUUACUCCCAUUAAGAAUAAAGGAUUUUUUUGGAACAAGAAACAAACAGAACCUCAAUCCUUCAAGUCAUGUUGGGAGUACAAUACCAAGAUUUUCGGUCAAUAUUGACUUUGACCUUGACCGUGAUAUUGUCGUAACUUCAUCUGCUAAAAAGCUAUCAAAUGACGUGGCACGAUAUUUCAUCGAGCUGACUCAUCAAAAAGCUCAUCCACCCAAUGCUGACGUGGACACCGACACACCCGUAGAAGAAUACACAUUCCAAAACCAAACCCCCUCUUCACUCCCACCUACAAAAAAGGAAGAAAAAGGAAAAUCAAAUCUACUAUUGGCAAUCUCAACAUUUGGUUACCAAAUCCUACAAUACCCUCAUUUUGCUGAACUUUGUUGGGUGACAUCAAAGCUAAAAGAAGGCCCGUUUACUGAAAUUAAUGGGACUUGGAAAGGGAAAGGCUGGCCUUUUAAUUCUUGUAUUAUCCGACCUAGUGACACGUCAGCAAAGUUGUCGGUUGUUGGUGGUAGUAAUGUUAAAGGGAAAGUAAAAUAUGGAUUUGUUCGUGGGUUGAUGGCUGUUGGUUUGUUGGCGUGUAGAGGGGUAUAUUCGUCAUUACGUGAAGUUACAAGAGAUGUUAGGAAAGUGUUGGAGGCUUUGACUUUAGAAAUUAAUGCGAGAGUUGAAGGUGGAAAAGACAGAAGACAAUUUGGUCGUGUUUUAUCACAAGUUGCGUAUCUUGAAGAUAUGGUGAACAGCUGGGCUUACACACUCCAAAGUCUUGAGACACCUCAAAUCAUGGAGGCAAAAAAUGGUAUUGUUGAAGACGAUGACAAUGAUGAUGAGCCUAUUAUGGAGAAACCCUCACAUUCAGAAUCCUUGAAAGAAAAUACAGAAGGAUUUGAAAGUAAAUCCAUUGAACAUGUGGAUUCGAUUGUUGAUGAAUCGAAUUCCACCCAAGUUAUAAUAGAGACUCAAGAGUCUACUUCAUCUAAGCUUUCCAAUGGAUUUGUUCAUGUUGAUGAAGAAUCAGUUAUCAUUCCCGAUGGUUCUUGUGACCAAAUUUUAUCCAAAAAUAAUCCAACAGAUAAUGAGAAGAAAAGCACAAAUAUCAACCACCCAUCUACAAACCAAGUAUCAAAACCUCAAACUGGUGUAUGCUUAUAUCGAUUUUGCCCCAAAUGCAUGAUAAAUCUCCAAAACGUGAUGCGGACAAUUAUAAUCUCUUCAUGGGAGGAGAAGAAAAAGUCAAGUAAUUUGACAACAGAAGACGUUCACGAUACAGUGACAUCGUUAUCUUUAAAUCUUUAUAAAAAUAUUAAGACAUUUUUUGAAGGGCGGGAAGUUGGGAGUUGUGAAUGUGAAGUUGGGUGUCAUUUGGACACAAGUGGAGAUGAUUUGGGAUGUGGAUUGGAAUUAAUAUAUAGAAAGGGUGUAGUGGGUGAAUUAGAAAAAAGUGAUGUGUGUUUUGAUUGUAAAUUUGAGAGAGUGUGUCUUUGUUCUGUUAUAGAGUAUAUAGUAGAAGUAAGGACUAAACACCAGCCUGCUGGUUGAAUUCGGAAAAUUAGUUGGCAGUUUUGACAGGAUUUUGGCGGUGU